GAUCAUAACUGGUUGACAGUAACACUAAACUUUUGCGUUACAUUUUAUCGUGGAAAAAAUAUUAUUAAGCAAAUUGAAACGAACUUGUUAAAGGUCUUAUAAAUAUAUCUAUUAUUGCUUUUAAUGGUAUCACUGUGUUUCUCAAAAUCUUCAAUUCACUUUUCAAGACGAACAUUCUUUACAUCAAGGAUCAGUUGUUCACCGCGUAGUAUCUUUUCAGAUGAUAGUUAUAGACUUCGUACAUUCCUUAAUUAUACUGUAUCGUUUGGUAUAUUCAUGAUUGGUUUUGGAUAUGGUACUGUGCCGUUAUAUCGUUUGUAUUGUACAAAAACAGGUAGCGGGACGAAUGCAAAUUUUGCUAAGGCUAAAACUGAAAAGAUCAGAAGUAUGAAACCAGUAAAAGACUAUGAAUUGGUUGUAUAUUUUGCUGCUGAUACAUAUUCAAAAAUGUCAUGGAAAUUUAAACCAUUACAAAAAGAGUUGACUGUUGUCCCUGGUGAAACAGCCUUGGCAUUUUAUUCCGCUGAAAAUCCAACAGAUAAACCGAUUGUAGGAAUUGCUACUUAUUCUAUUGUUCCAUUUGAAGCAUCAAAAUAUUUUAAUAAAAUACAAUGUUUCUGUUUCGAAGAACAACGUCUCAAUCCACAUGAAAAAGUUGAUCUACCUGUAUUCUUUUAUAUUGAUCCAGAGAUUACAUCAGAUCCACGAUUAAAAUCACUUAACACGAUAUGUGAAUCAAAGGAACAAACUUCAUUAGUGUACAAGGUUGACAUAAAUUAUAAUAAUGCCACAGUUAUACAGACGUUUAAAUUAAAGCAAGCAUCAUGUUGCUUUGAUGAUUUAGGUGAGGAAUGA